CUAAACCUUCCUUUCUAACAUCGUCGCCAUCCGUAAGGAUGAAGGUUGUCUGCUCCAAGACGUUCGUCACUCCUCGGCGGCCUUUUGAGAAGGCUCGCCUGGACCAGGAGUUGAAACUCAUUGGAGAGUAUGGUUUGAGGAAUAAGCGUGAAGUAUGGCGCGUAAAGUACGCCCUUGCCAAGAUCCGCAAGGCUGCUCGUGAGCUGCUGACUUUGGAUGAGAAGGACCCCAAGCGUUUGUUCGAGGGUAAUGCCCUUCUCAGACGUCUUGUCCGUAUUGGAGUCUUGGAUGAGCAGCGUAUGAAGCUCGAUUUCGUCCUUGGCCUAAAGGUCGAAGACUUUUUGGAGAGGCGUCUGCAGACGCAAGUGUUCAAGUUGGGACUUGCCAAGUCUAUCCACCAUGCUCGCGUUCUCAUUCGCCAGCGACACAUCAGAGUUCGCAAACAAGUCGUCAAUGUGCCGUCAUUCGUUGUACGUCUGGAUUCCCAGAAGCACAUCGACUUCUCCAUGAAGUCACCCUUCGGUGGUGGCCGCCCUGGUCGCUGCAAGAGAAAGAACUUGACCAAGAAGUCAGGUGGUGGUGGUGACGACGGCGAUGACGAUGAUGAGGAAGAGGAGGCCUAAACUUUUAAAUGAUCCUGGUCCAUCAUAAGGCAUCAUUUGGUGAAUAAAGUUUUGAUUAGAACAA